AUGGACCCCAAGCACUCUAUCGCAUUUGCCAGUGCCGGCAACCACCACAUCCCCGGCAAUCACGUUACCCAGUUCCCCGAGAACCAGUUGGCCGGCAUGAUGGGCGGCGUUGACUCCUUGGCUGGCGCCAUCAGCCAGUUUCAGGGCAUGACCUUGGGCAACGGCAUGUCCCACAACGCCAGCGGUAUAGGACAGAUGGCUACUGCCCACACAUACAUGCUUCCACAGGACUACAUACUCGCUUCCCAUCUGCCCUCUGCCAUGGGAAUGGAGCAUCUCACCCAGGGUCCGUAUGGUCCCGCCCCCGGUGGCUACUUGGCGGCGCCCGGACAGUUCAGCCCAUACGUCCCAUACCCAAUGAUGCCAUUCACCCCCGGACGUGCUGUCAGCGGUAGCACGGCUCUCCAGGACCGUACCAAUCGCGGCCACAAUGACUUGCCAGGCCUCGAAAACCGUCGUCACAGUGGUGGCUCCUAUACCACCACCGAAUCCGCUCCUACAACUCCUUUCUACAACGGAGUUAGCAAGAACGACAAGGUUCCUCGUGUCGCUGCGCUCGACCGAUCGACGUACACCACGCCCUCUCCCCAGCAAGUUGUCGGCGGCAACAUCUUCGUUGAACCUGCUUCCAAGCAGGGCGUCAUCAACAUCCCCGUUGACCGCAACUUGGAGGAACUUCUCAAGCAGGAUCCCGCUGUGCCCAAGGCCGUUCCCGCUGUGUUCACCCCCGCCACCCAGAUGAAGACUCUGGAUCAGAGUUUGGAGAACCGUAUCCCGGGUAACCGAAACGUCUACAUUCGUGGUCUUCACCCAACCACUGACGACGACCUCUUGUUUCGGUUUGCAGCCCGCUUUGGCGACGUCGAGACAUCCAAGGCAAUCAUUGACACUUCCACGGGUGCUUGCAAGGGUUUCGGCUUUGCCAAGUUCUAUCACGUCCGCGACUCUGAAAUGUGUAUUCGAGGUUUCCACCGUCUUGGUUACGAAGUUGGAUUCGCCCGUGAAUCUUUCAACUCUCGCCUCAAGGCUGAGGGCGACGAGGGUUCCACCAACUUGUACAUCUCUAACCUUCCCAAGAGUUUGACCGAGAAUGACCUCGGGGACAUCUUCAGAGGCUACCACAUUAUGUCGUCCAAGAUCCUUCGUGACAGUAUGGGCAAUAGCCGCGGUGUUGGCUUCGCUCGUUUCGAGUCUCGCGACGUGUGCGAUGCUGUCAUUAAGCAGUUCAACAGCAUCCCCAUCGGCGAGGAGGGAAUGGUGAUGAACAUCCGCUACGCCGACACUCCUAGUCAGAAGGAGCUCAAGCGGGUGACCGCCGAGCGCCGACAGUUCCGCACUAACGAGUACAACAUUGGUGCCUACGGCACUCCUCUUGUUGGCAUUCAGCCCAACAUGUAUAACCAGCCAGCCUGGAAGCGUGCUCUGCAUGCCACCGCCAACGCGUGA